CCCAAUUCUCGUUUCCUCACUCAACUCUCGCGAACUAGCAACUACCAGCGGCCUCCUCCAUCCACAAGUUAAAGCACCGCCACAUUUCUCGGUCUUCAACCACUCUUCUAUCACCAGCCAUGUCUUCUCAGGAUACCCGCUCCAUGAGCCAGCGUCUUCGCCCUCGUCGUCCCUCGACCUUCCUUACCUUGGCUCCUAUCAUCUCCGUUGCCGAGCAAAAGCCCAAGGUCGCUUCUGCCGAUGAGGCUGCUCUCGAGUCUCCUACUGAGAGCGUCAAGCAAGUAGAGGCCGACUCUGCCGAGGCCAUCAAGCGCCGCGCCUCCAGUGUCAGCAGCCAGUCCUCCACCACUGGGGGAUUCCGCUUCCUCAUACUUUCAAGCGAUAAAAAGAUGGGGCAAGCACGAGCCUUGCUGCUGCAUGACACAUUUCCUUAUCAUAUACCUUCCAGCCAUGAUGGCAUGGAUCCCAUCGACAUGGGGAGCACAACGAUGUGCCAUUUCGGCGGAAAGAAACACACCUCUUUUGGGCGAAAAUGGCAAACUGGAUGAUUCCUAUACCACAAAGGCUUUCAAACGGCGCUUCUCGGUCUUCUUUUUCUGUAAUCCUCUGACGGGAUUUUUGCGAAUGGUACGCUCCACCAGGGAUGGAGUU